GAGAGUUUGAUAGAUAGGCUAUUUUGAUCACUGAUUUUGAUUGUACUUUAGUAAAAACAAUGCGUAAGAGGUUAUUGUGUCAGGGAAGAAGGUUUAAUUGAACUGUUUUAAAGUCACAAAUAUUUCUUUUAGUUUGAUUUUUGCUUGGAAUUUAUUCUCGUCGGUUGAUUUAACGUCUGUCUGUAUGGGAAGUUCUGCAUCUCGAAGAAUGGAAGAACGGUCAGAAGAUAGUGCAGAGUCUGAUUUGGCUGCUAUAUUGCAGUAUUUAAUACGCAGUGGUCAAGUUCACAUAAUAAGCUCUGACCAUGAUAACGACAGUGACGAAGAUUUUGUAGCCGCAGCCAGCCCACCUCAAAUUGAUCACGUUCCCAACACUAAAAAUCUACAGAUGAGUGAAAUAACAUUAAUUACAAAACAAGCUUGUGGGUUGCUUCAUUCCAAAGGUCGUAAAAGACCUAAAUCGACCACAUCCAUGGUUAUGGCAAGAGAGGCUGGUAUAUUUGGCGACAGAGCUUUCUCUCGUGGGGACAAAUGUAGGAUAGGCAACACCCUGCUGCCUCGCACAACAAUCAGCUCCGUUCAACACAACAACAAGAUGUUUUGUGGGAUUUAUUCCAAAGAUGGAGACAAGUUUCUUACUGCUUCACAAGAUCGCUACAUCAGGCUGUACCAGACAAAGUGUGAAGGUUUGAAGUUUUCAAGUCAAAUUCAAGCACGAGACGUAGGCUGGAGUAUCGUAGAUACAACAUUCAGUCCGGACGGCCGUUGGAUAGUCUACUCCAGCUGGUCUGAGAGUUUACACCUGUGUCGGAUAUCGGACCCCGAGAACCAUGAAGCUUUGCCACUCAACCCCGAAGAUCGGAGGUUUUGUAUAUUUUCCACGGUGUUUUCAUCCGACGGGACGGAGAUUCUUGGAGGAGCUAACGACGGUUAUCUUUAUGUGUACGAUCUGGAGUGCAAUCAGAGGACUUUGAGGAUCGACGGCCACGGUGAGGAUGUUAACACAGUCGCAUUCGCAGACAGCACAUCAAAGAUACUGUAUAGUGGGGGCGACGAUGGUUUGGUUAAGGUGUGGGAUAGAAGGACGCUGAACGAGACCAAUCCGAGGCCUGUGGGAGUGUUGGCGGGACACAUGGACGGCAUCACAUACAUCGACUCCAAGGGCGACAGUCGCUAUCUGCUGUCCAACAGCAAGGACCAGAGCAUCAAACUGUGGGACGUCAGAGUCUUCUCUUCAGAAGACGCUCAAGAGUUCACCAGGAAAGUCGUCUCGGAACAAAACUGGGACUAUCGUUGGCAGAAGGCUCCAAAAAAGUUGAUAAACCCCAAGGACAAUCUGGAGGGGGACACUUCAGUGAUGACCUACAGAGGACAUUCGGUGCUGCAGACUCUCAUCAGGUGUCACUUCUCUCCGUCACACACCACGGGACAGAGGUUCAUCUACACAGGCUGUGCUUCCGGCAGAGUCGUCAUAUAUGACCUACUGACUGGAGAGAUAGUCAAAGUAUUGAAAGGUCACCGAGGUUGUGUAAGAGACGUCUCCUGGCAUCCUUAUCGACCUGAGCUUGCAAGUACCUCGUGGGACUAUUCCGUGGUGGUCUGGGGCUACAAACACAAGGACCGUGAUGAUUCUGAUGAUCAGUUUGAAGAAGUGGAGCCAACACCUCAGAAAGUACGCCGUAGUUCCCGAAUAGCUGAGAUGCACAGGAGAAAUCUACAGCAAAUUCUGUAGCAACACUAAGUGUUGGGGGUGCUGGGAAGGGCGGAGCUCAGGAUUUUGUAUCAUACUUUUAACACCACUACAAUUUAUUUCAUGGUGAAGUAAACGACAUCCUGUAAAUGCUACUUGUGUAUAGUGUAAUAUUUGAACAUAUUUUAUAAUAUAAUAUUAUUAUUUGUAAAGAGAAAAAUAAACUUUUAA